AGCAGAUCCAUUCCACUUUACCUGUACUUCCGCAACACAUACAUCAUGGUCAAGAGCAUCGAGUCCUACGACGAGUUCAAGCAGAUCAUUAACAACGGCAAGGUCGUUGUCAUUGACUUCUGGGCGACAUGGUGUGGCCCGUGCAAGGUCAUCUCGCCAAUCUUCGAGAAGCUCGGCCAGAAGGAGGAGUUCUCUUCCAUUGAGUACUACAAGGUCGACGUCGACGCGCAGGAGCAGAUCGCGCAGGAAGUCGCCGUUCGCGCGAUGCCCACCUUCAUCGCGUUCAAGAAUGGCGAGAAGAUCGGCUCCACCGUGGGUGCUAACCCGGGCGGUCUGGAGAAAUUCCUCAAGGAGGUUGUUACUGCGUGAGCUACCCGUCAGUACACAGCUAGAAGAAAAUGUAUGAAUAGCCAUUACUUUAUUGUUGUAUUUUGCCGCAUUUCGGAUGUUGACCAGCCUCGAAUACUCUCCGACGUUCUACCAGCUGUCAAUGUCUCCCCUUCACGAAGAAUGACAUCGGUGUGUGUUUUAUUUUGGUCUGUAGUUCAAUUCGCAUGCCUGUAUUACAUCGUUGCUUCAGGUUUGCUUGU